AUUAGACUUCCAAAAAAGGAAAAGAAGAAAGAUGGACGUGUUGAAUAAUAAAAAGUAUGGAGCUCAUAUUUUAGCUCUUCCUUAUCCAAGCCAAGGCCGCAUAAACCCUAUGCUUCAAUUCUGCAAACGUUUAGUCUCCAAAAGUCUAAAGACCACUUUAGCCAUUACUAACUUCAUUUCCCAUUCUGUCCGUCCAAUUUCCAAUACCGUUGGUAUCGAUACCAUUUCCGAUGGGUUCGACGAAGGUGGCUACGCUGAAGCUGACACCGUAGUCACCUAUCUCGAACGCUUCAAGAAAAUCGGCUCGCAAACCCUAGCUGAUCUUAUUAAGAAAUACGAAAAAUCAGAGUUUCCUAUUACUUGUGUCAUUUAUGAUGCUUUCAUGCCAUGGGCUUUAGACGUAGCUAAAGAUCAUGGCCUAAUUGGAGCUUGUUUUUUCACUCAAGCUUGUGCUGUGAACUAUAUUUACUAUUAUGUUCAUCAAAGAAAAUUGACAUUGCCAAUUUCUUCACCUCCGGUGAGGAUUCCGGGAUUGCCGGAGCUCGAACUUCGAGAUAUGCCGUCAUUCAUUUAUAUCCAUGGUACAUAUCGAGCGUAUUUUGAGUUGGUGUUAAAUCAGUUUAUAAAUGUGGACAAAGCUGAUUAUGUAUUUGUGAACUCAUUCUACAAGUUGGAGGCUGAGGUAGUAGACACAAUGUCAAAAGUCACCCCAGUGUCGACCAUAGGCCCAACGCUGCCAUCUUUGUAUUUGGACAAUAGAGUUGAAAAUGACAUUGAAUAUGGUCUCAGUCUAUUCCAUGUGGAUGCUUCAACAUGUAUCAACUGGCUAAAUACUAAAGUAGAAGGAUCUGUUGUUUAUGUAGCUUUUGGUAGUAUGUCCACUUUAGAUAAUGAACAAAUGAAAGAAAUAGCUUGGGGUUUAAAAGCAACCAAUUGCUACUUUUUAUGGGUUGUUAGGACUUCUGAUGAAGCAAAAAUUCCCAAAAAUUUCAUUGAGGAAACCUCUGAGAAAGGAUUAUUGAUAAAUUGGAGUCCACAACUACAAGUCUUAUCUAAUAAGGCAAUUGGGUGUUUUUUCACACAUGGCGGGUGGAAUUCAACGACUGAAGCUUUGAGUCUUGGAGUGCCAAUGGUUGUAAUGCCACUAUGGACUGAUCAAACUACGAAUGCGAAAUUAGUACAAGAUGUUUGGAGUGUAGGGGUGAGAGUUAAUUUUAAUGAGAAAGGGUUUGUUGGAAGAGAAGAAAUUGAGAAAUGUGUAAGGACAGUAAUAGAAGGAGACAAAGGGAAAGAAAUGAAGAAAAAUGCCCUUAAAUGGAAGGAUUUGGCCAAGGAAGCUGUUAAUGAAGGUGGGACAUCUGAUAAAAAUAUUGAAGAAUUUGUAUCAAAAUGUACUAAAUAAUUCAAUGAUCAGUGAUCCAGUCAUUGCAUUUUAGCUACUUUUUUUUUUUUUAAAGCAAAUAAGACAGAAAAUAAAAUAGGCAUUUGAAUUUUGAUUUCUUAAUUCCUGUUUUCUUUCCUCUUGUAAGCUCUCUUAAUUUUUGUUAUUGAAUAAGUGGGAUCCAAAAGUUUUUA